AUAGGGAGGAACUUCCAACUUCCUUACCAUUGAUUUAAUCUGCCCCAGCUUCCCCCCUCUAUAUCUAUAUAUACGUAUCUAUCGAUCUAUCUAUCUAUCUAUCUGCCAUAGGUAAAUUAGUAUCGGCUAAAACUCACUCUCACUUUCUCCCCAAAAGAAGCAGACGAAAAACAAAACCCUUUUUACUGCCACUCGAAGAAGAGAGUCACUCGUCGUCCUGAUCCACCUUCUGCUUCUUCGAAUAAGGUAUGAACCCUUUUUCAAAAACAUGGGGGAAAAAAACAAAGAUUUAAAUAAAGGAGGCCCACCGUUGUGUCUAAAAUUCUUUCACCAAGAAAGUGAAGCAACAGAGCGGAAGCGUAAUGGAGAAGCUGAACACGAAGCUGUACAUGGAGAACUGCCAUAUAAUGCAAGAGAACGAACGUCUGAGGAGGAAAGCUGAGCUUUUGAACCAGGAGAAUCAAGCUCUUCUUCAUGAGCUCAAGCUCCGGCUCGCUGCCGGCGCCGGCGCCGGAAAUUCUAGCUCCUCCAAGUCUGGCAAGAAAUCCAGCAACUGAAAAUGGAAUCGCUAAUCUAAUCUGAAUCUAAAUCUCUCCCAUUUUGAUUGGGUUAGGAAAUUUAAUUAAUUAGUAUUAGCAACUGAAAAUAGUGGAUCCGAUAGCUACUACUUUUUGCUGUAAAACCUUUCCUCUCUCGUAUUAAUUUUAAUAUUAUUGUUAUUAUUA